AUGGCUUCCGCCGUCGCUUGCACUGAUUCCGCGCUGGCCAGCCUCAAGAAGCUGUUCGCCGAGCCGUCGGCCACCGGGUCGCCCCCGGCCUACUGCGCGCUCAGCCCGGCCGCCGUCCGUCGCCUCUGCAGCACCCAGGGCAAGGAGGCCCGCCGCUCUGACGACGACGACGACGACACCAACGGCGAGUACAAGGAUGCCGACGCCGUGGGCCGCCGCCGUGCUCGCGACUCCGACCUGGCCAGCUUCUUCUCCCACGAUGUGUUCGACCGGUUCGGCGCGCCGACGAGCCUGGGCCAUCUGCUGGGUCUGAAGGAGGACGCGGUCUCUGCUCCUGGUCUGGGCGGCCUCUCCUCCACGGCGUGGCGCGGGUGGCCGGUGGCGAAGCAGGACGACGACGCGGUGUACCUGAAGGUGCCGAUGCCGGGGUUCGGGAAGGAGCACGUGAAGGUGUCGGCGGAGCAGAACAGCCUGGUGAUCAAGGGGGAGGGCGACAAGGAUGCCUGGGACGCCGACAAGGACGACGCCGCGGUGCCGAAGUACAGCGGCCGCAUCGAGAUGCUCGCCAACGCGUUCAAGAUGGACAAGAUCAAGGCCGAGAUGAAGAACGGCGUGCUCAUGGUGACCGUGCCCAAGCUCAAGAAGGAGGAGCGCAAGGACGUGUUCCAGAUCACCGUCGAGUAGGGAGGGGCAGACGGAUCGGUCGAGAGUAGUCCUACUCCUAGUCUUAGUAGUAGUAGUGCUAAUGGCGAGUGGAGUUGAGAGACGCCUUGGUGAUGUCUGGUGUCUUCGUGUUUUGCUUCUGUGAUCGUCUCGCGUAGUUUCUGAUCGAGUGGUGGUGAAGUUGGUCAUGUUGAUUUCGAACUGCUUUAGAGGUGGAA